AGCGGGGUGUGCUGGGAGUUGCAGUCCAGUAAUCGAGAGAGCGAGGCAAAUAUAUUUAUGAGAUGUAUAUGCUCAAAUAUAUUUUAAAUCUAACCUUUAAAGUAUAAAUCUGUUGCGAUUUUUUAUUUGAAUUCAUGUUCUUUCAAGGCAGUUAAACAAUCCCUUCGUUUCCGAGCUCCGGAGUUAUCCGAGCAGACCCGAGCAGACCCGAGCCGCAGUGACCUUGUUCGGCGUGUGACGGUGUCUCCAGCAUGGCUGCCUUACUACCGAGCAGAUUAACGCGGUUUAGAGCUGCAAGUCGCCUUUGUUUUCCUCACCUCUGCAGACAUCACUCCAGCCUCACUCAUGAGCUGAUUCACAACAUGGAUAAGAAGGAGACCUGGGACCGCUUCUACACAGAGAACCGAUCCCAAUCCUUCCGGCACUUCGACUGGUUCUUCAGCUACCGGGCCGUGUCUGGGUUCCUGCUGCCCUUCCUGAGUGCUGGAGGUUCCGGGGAUGCUUCUAGACUCGUCCAGGUUCUAGACCUGGGCUGCGGAACGUCAGAUAUCGGGCUGGGUCUGUUUCGAGACUCCCCGGUGCCGGUGCAGGUUCACUGUGCGGACAUCUCUCCCGUCGCCAUAGCGACCAUGCAGAGACAGGUGUCGGAAUGCCGGCUGGAGCCGCGGAAUUCCCGGUCGGAGCUGCGUUUCCUGGAGCUCGACUGCUCUGACCUCUCCGGGUUUGAUUCCCACUCUGUGGACCUGGUUCUGGAUAAAGGCACGACGGACGCUCUGCUGCGGUCCCGGGACGGAGGCGAGAGGGCUUCCCGAAUGCUGUGCGAGGCUCUCCAGGUGCUGCGGCGCUCAGGCUCCUUCCUACAGUUUUCCGAUGAGGAUCCAGACGCUCGCAUUCCCUGGCUGGAGAGCGAGAGCGGCGGGGCGGGGCGGGCGAGUGUGAGUGUGCAGGGCCUGGGCACACACAGAGGGGUGUGUUACUACAGCUACAUCCUCACACACAGAGGGGUGUGUUAGCUACAUCCUCACACACAGAGGGGUGUGUUAGCUACAUCCUCACACACAGAGGGGUGUGUUACUACAGCUACAUCCUCACACACAGAGGGGUGUGUUACUACAGCUACAUCCUCACACACAGAGGGGUGUGUUACUACAGCUACAUCCUCACACACAGAGGGGUGUGUUACUACAGCUACAUCCUCACACACAGAGGGGUGUGUUAGCUACAUCCUCACACACAGAGGGGUGUGUUAGCUACAUCCUCACACACAGAGGGGUGUGUUACUACAGCUACAUCCUCACACACAGAGGGGUGUGUUAGCUACAUCCUCACACACAGAGGGGUGUGUUACUACAGCUACAUCCUCACACACAGAGGGGUGUGUUAUCUACAUCCUCACACACAGAGGGGUGUGUUACUACAGCUACAUCCUCACACACAGAGGGGUGUGUUAGCUACAUCCUCACACACAGAGGGGUGUGUUAGCUACAUCCUCACACACAGAGGGGUGUGUUACUACAGCUACAUCCUCACACACAGAGGGGUGUGUUAGCUACAUCCUCACACACAGAGGGGUGUGUUAGCUACAUCCUCACACACAGAGGGGUGUGUUACUACAGCUACAUCCUCACACACAGAGGGGUGUGUUAGCUACAUCCUCACACACAGAGGGGUGUGUUAGCUACAUCCUCACACACAGAGGGGUGUGUUAGCUACAUCCUCACACACAGAGGGGUGUGUUAGCUACAUCCUCACACACAGAGGGGUGUGUUACUACAGCUACAUCCUCACACACAGAGGGGUGUGUUACUACAGCUACAUCCUCACACACAGAGGGGUGUGUUAGCUACAUCCUCACACACAGAGGGGUGUGUUAGCUACAUCCUCACACACAGAGGGGUGUGUUACUACAGCUACAUCCUCACACACAGAGGGGUGUGUUACUACAGCUACAUCCUCACACACAGAGGGGUGUGUUAGCUACAUCCUCACACACAGAGGGGUGUGUUAGCUACAUCCUCACACACAGAGGGGUGUGUUAGCUACAUCCUCACACACAGAGGGGUGUGUUACUACAGCUACAUCCUCACACACAGAGGGGUGUGUUAGCUACAUCCUCACACACAGAGGGGUGUGUUACUACAGCUACAUCCUCACACACAGAGGGGUGUGUUAGCUACAUCCUCACACACAGAGGGGUGUGUUACUACAGCUACAUCCUCACACACAGAGGGGUGUGUUAGCUACAUCCUCACACACAGAGGGGUGUGUUACUACAGCUACAUCCUCACACACAGGGGUGUGUUAGCUACAUCCUCACACACAGAGGGGUGUGUUAUCUACAUCCUCACACACAGAGGGGUGUGUUACUACAGCUACAUCCUCACACACAGAGGGGUGUGUUACUACAGCUACAUCCUCACACACAGAGGGGUGUGUUACUACAGCUACAUCCUCACACACAGAGGGGUGUGUUACUACAGCUACAUCCUCACACACAGAGGGGUGUGUUACUACAGCUACAUCCUCACACACAGAGGGGUGUGUUACUACAGCUACAUCCUCACACACAGAGGGGUGUGUUACUACAGCUACAUCCUCACACACAGAGGGGUGUGUUAGCUACAUCCUCACACACAGAGGGGUGUGUUACUACAGCUACAUCCUCACACACAGAGGGGUGUGUUACUACAGCUACAUCCUCACACACAGAGGGGUGUGUUACUACAGCUACAUCCUCACACACAGAGGGGUGUGUUACUACAGCUACAUCCUCACACACAGAGGGGUGUGUUACUACAGCUACAUCCUCACACACAGAGGGGUGUGUUACUACAGCUACAUCCUCACACACAGAGGGGUGUGUUAGCUACAUCCUCACACACAGAGGGGUGUGUUACUACAGCUACAUCCUCACACACAGAGGGGUGUGUUACUACAGCUACAUCCUCACACACAGAGGGGUGUGUUACUACAGCUACAUCCUCACACACAGAGGGGUGUGUUACUACAGCUACAUCCUCACACACAGAGGGGUGUGUUAGCUACAUCCUCACACACAGAGGGGUGUGUUAGCUACAUCCUCACACACAGAGGGGUGUGUUACUACAGCUACAUCCUCACACACAGAGGGGUGUGUUAGCUACAUCCUCACACACAGAGGGGUGUGUUACUACAGCUACAUCCUCACACACAGAGGGGUGUGUUAGCUACAUCCUCACACACAGAGGGGUGUGUUACUACAGCUACAUCCUCACACACAGAGGGGUGUGUUACAAUUCUGAUUAAAACAUCUCCCACGUUUGUGUUUUUAAUUUAAAAUGUAUUUUUAAUGCUUUAUGUUUAAUUUUUUUAAAGGUGAAAGUGAGCUGCAUUGUUCAAAGAUGUUUUUGUUUUCUGUGGUCAGAGUAGUCUGUAGAGAGACUGCGUUUCAGGCCGCUGCAGGGCGCACCAUUGCCUCAAACUAGGUCUCCCGCAGCUGAGGCUCCUUAGAGGAGGCAAGGGAGGCAGAGCCUCCUCAAGUUUUCAUUUUUUUUUAUAGUAUUAUAAUAUAAUUUUCAGUAAAAUACAAUUAUUGGCAAAAAUGUAAGGAAAAAAGUAUUUUAAACUAAACUCUUGAUUCAACUAAAAUCAGUGAGGGUUUUACAUGAGAAUAUUUAUGUGGUAACGAGAGUGAAUUCUUGGGUAUUGGGCUCUGAAGUGCUAAUAGGAUAUUUAUAGAGAUCCCCGGACUGUCGCAGUUCUGUACCUUCAUUGAACCGUCCCAGCUCCUGUGCUUCUCAGUGAGAGACACAAGAAACCUGCUCGCUGUACACUGUAGCUGGUCCAGUCAUUUCUGAUGAGAUUUCGCUUCGAUUGACCUGUUUAGAGUGUUGUAGCCUGUAAAGAACAGCAGAUUAUUUAAAUUAUUCCAUGAAUCACAAACAUUCCAGACACUUGCUGAGUAUAUUUUAUGCAAUUAAAAAAAAAAAAAAAAAAAAAA